GCCUAUGUGUACUGUAUGUUUACUGAAGCAGAACUGUAUGAUUGGUUCUGAAGAUCUUUCAAGCUCAAUGAUUUGUUGGAGUAUUUGGCCAUCAACAAGUGAGGAUGCUGGCCCUACAAAUGACAUUAAGGAAGCCUUCCGGCGUUUACCACUCCCAUACACUAACCAAGAGUUCAAUAUUAACCCUAUUAGUACACAGGAUUUGGAAAAUGAGAGGGAUCCACCUCCGUAUGUACAUAUAAAGCGCAAUGUUUUUAUUGUCAAGAAUAAAUGUGACAGUGAUGCAAUUGAAACUGGAUGUGCCAACUGUGACCAUGACUCGACCUGUGAAAGAUGCCCCUGCAGAUGUUCAUUGGUCAGCUGCUCUCAGGCUUGUCAUUGCUCAGUUAAAUGCUCCAACAAACCAUUUCGCAGAGAGAAAAUGAUUGAGAUCAUUAAGACGCAGCAAUGCGGAUGGGGUGCUAUUUCUCUGGAAACCAUUGAGAAAGAUGAUUUUGUGAUAGAGUUUGUUGGAGAAGUCAUAGAUGAUGCAAUGUGUGACGAUAGGCUCCAGGACAUGAGGCAGCGCAGAGAUCAGAAUUUCUACAUGUGCAAAGUCAGCAAAGACUUUGUAAUUGAUGCAACGUUUAGAGGAAAUGCUUGUCGCUUUCUUAACCACAGCUGCCAACCUAACUGUCGGCUGGAGAAAUGGCAAGUAAAAGGCAAGACAAGAUUGGGUGUGUUUGCUUCAGAGGCUAUUAAAGUAGGAAUGCCCUUGACUUACAACUACAGAUUCUCCACUUCUUUUGGUCCCGAGAAAGAAUGUCUCUGCGGGGCUCCAAACUGUCGAGGGAAAUUGUGAUAGGUAAAGAUUGAUCAAGGAAGAUGUACACUGUCAGAGGUAUAUAACAGGAAGGCCC